AUGGCCACCGUCGUGCCAGCAGUAGUUCCUGUAACUGCAUCCGAUUUUAUGCGCACUACGUCAGCUUUUGCCGCUCCGGCUGUACCCAUGACACCUCCGAUACCUUACAAGCAGAGGGAGAUCGUCAACUGGAAUACUCUAAGUUUAUUAUGUAGUAUGCAGGUGUUAUGUUCACUGACGAUAUUCGGAAUCGGCGUCGGUCGCAUGCUGGAAGGUGCUAAAUGGGGAAUAGGAGUAGAACUCGCUUACGCGCUUGUGGUACUGGCAGUUGGACUCGGUGGAAUCUAUUCAACCCGGCGGCGAAACUACGUCGCUGCCACAUUCGCCUUCACCCUUAAUACAUUCUGUAUAAUACUGGCCGUUCCUCCAUUUAUGAUCGGUCUGUUCCCUGCAAUACCGUGGGCAUUUGCUGAAGCUACACCCUCUGUAUGGUCCAGCAACCGGGAGCCACUUGAACUGGAUUUCGGCUUGAGUCUCAUUAUUCUCAUUCAGGUGCUUCUUUCCAUGGUGCUUUCCAUUUGUGGUUAUCAAGCAGCCGGCGCUCUGUGUGCCAUAGUCGAAGAGGUUCGACUUGGUCAGAGCAUGCAAUCAGCUUUUCAUGACAUCGAGAUACCUCAUAAGGUCUAA